AUCUCCUUUCCUCGUCUUAAGGUUAUGAGAGAAGGAGGGGGCUGAAUGAAUCCCUCUAGUCCUCCUCCUCUGUGCAGAAUCAGUUCUAAGCUGGUUUCCAACCAGAGCCGACAUGGAGAGAAGACUGCUCGUAGCUUUUCUGCUGCUCCUGCCUCUUCUGAGUGUCAGCUGUGUCUCCCAUCAGAAAAGCACAGUCACCUGGUGUGUUUUGUCGGAUGCUGAGGAGCAGAAGUGUUUGGAUUUAGCUGGGAACGCUACAGCUAAGAAUGUGAGGGGAAACCUGCAGUGUGUCCGUGGACUGAACACUGGAGACUGCAUGGACAGAAUCAAGAACGGGACAGCGGAUGCUGCCUCCAUGUUUGCUGAUGACAUCUACGCUGCGGGUUUCUGCCAUGGUUUGGAGCUUGCAGCGGGAGAAUCCCACAACGGUCUCGCAGAUGGUAUCAGCUACUAUGUGGUGGCGAUGGCUCGCCGCUCCUCCUCGGACCUGUCCCUGCUGGAGAUGCACGAACGCAGCUCCUGCCACCCCGGCAUACGGACCACAGUGGGGUGGACAGUUCCCAUUGGAUACCUGGUCAACACCUCUCAAAUCAGUGUAGGAGAGCAGUGCAAUUUCCCAAGAGCGGUGGGGAACUUCUUCGGUUACAGCUGCGUGCCCGGUGUGAAAGACCUUCAGCAUGACCCCAAAGGCAACAACCCGAAGAACCUCUGCGAGGCCUGCAUAGGCGACGAGAACGACAGACACAUCUGCGCCAACAGCCACCGAGAGAGGCAUUACGGAGAGGCCGGAGCGCUGAGGUGUGUGGCUGAAAACCUUGGCGACGUUGCUUUUGUCAAACACACGACCGUCUUCGAUAACUUGGAUGGUAAGAACCAGGAGUCCUGGGCCUUGGACCUGGAGCUGGAGGACCUGAAGCUGCUGUGUCCAGAUGGAACAGAAGCAGGUCUGGAUCAGCAUGAACACUGCCACUUAGCAGCAGUCCCUGCAAACGCUGUGGUGGUCCGCAUGGAGGACAAGUGCCGUGUCUGGAAGUAUCUUGAGCGCUUACAGAAUGUGUUUGGCAACGCCACCGAGGGCUUCAGUCUGUUCAGCUCAGCGGGCUACGGCCAAUCCGAUCUGCUCUUCAGUGAUGCCACCCACCACCUGCAGAGAGUUCUGGGUAGUUACACCUCCUGGCUGGGGCCCUCUUACACCACCAUGCUGCAAGCCUUCGAGUGUGAGGGCUUCUGCUGAUGGAAGAGGGGGAAGAUAUCCAGCGCAUCAACUUCCACCCCAUCCUGCUGUCUCCAUCCUUCCCUCCCUGCCAUCUGGGUCCCUCUGUCUCAAUUUUUUCUGCCUCCGUUUAUUAUUUUUUUGCUUCGCUGUUAAAAUCUUCUCUCCCUGCAUUUUCCACAUCUCCACUCUUACACCGUUUCCUCCAAACUUAGUGUGUUGUCCAACGCGCUGGCUGGCAUAAAAGCGCAACGCUCAGAGCGGCUAAUCAGCUAUUAAAGUCCAUGAAACCCAGCCUGUUGUUUCCAUUAAGGGAGACGGAGAAGAGAAGGAGGGGGUGGAUAGAGUAGAAGAGAAGUUAUUAGCUGUCAUGUUUUAAUGUUAUUUACAGACAAUCAAUUUUCAUUUUGAUUUGCUCCCUCGCCCGCUUCUCUACACCUUCAAAUUCAUUUUCAUCCAACACAACUUCCUGUUAGCUGCAUCCACCUGAGAUGAAGCCCCCCCACCCCACCCGCCCCCCACAAUCCUCCAACAGGGUCUGUCUCUGGCACUGAACAACUGGGUGCUAUUAACUAGGAGUCUCAGUUACUGUAAGUGUGUGUGUGUGUGUGUGUGUGUGUGUAUGUGUGUGUUUGUGUGUGUGUGUGUGUGUGUGUGUGUGUGUCUGUGUGUGUGUGUGUGUGUGUGGCUACUUUCCCAUGGCUUGUAUUGCUCUCUACUUUGGAUCACUGCUCUCUCAUGUCUGCCGCGGUGACUCAAACCGUUGCGUCGAAACACAACAACGUUUGGAGAAAGGACAUCGAGGCUUCAGCUUUCACAUCUCAGACGCGUUUGGACCACUCAGAUUUCACUCGUCUGCUGAAAUAACAGAACCAGUCAGGAGGAUGUUAUUAGUGAUGAAGGCGAAGCAGUGUAGAUUAAAAAACCCUCCCGUGAGCCACCCUUGACCUGCUGAAUCGUGCACUGUAAAACUGCAGAAUGGUCUAUCAUUCAGUGCUUUUAAAGCCCCGCCCACUGAAAUUUUUGUGUUUCCCACGAUGCAUCCCUGAGCUCAGAUCUGCACUGAAACGUUAGAUAAAGUGCUUUUUGAACUUCCCAUGCUAGAAACACCCACAGCUGUUGUAUUUCAUGCAGCUUUUGUAGAACUUUAUAAGAAAACCUGAUUGAUUCGUUUGUUAAAAGUCAGCUUAUUGAGUGUUUCUUCUGUCUGAAUUCAACUCGGGUUCUUUCCACUGGUGCUGUUUUAUUGUCCAACUUCCUGAAAUAAUGUAAAUAGUCCUGGCUGUCUGCAUUUGUAGAGCUGCAAUCUCUCUUUUUUGUUUUCAACCAAUUAAAUAAAUGAUGAUAAUCCUUU